AUAUAUUCAUCUAAAAUCAACAAAUCUCAGGACUUAAUGCUACAUGUCAGAGACCAAAGUUUCAGGUCAGCUGAAGAGAAAAGACAGAACAUGUGUGACCUCUCACCUGUAGACACCGUGACCUCUCGACUGCAGUACUGGAGUGUGACGUCACCGGAGACUCUGGCGUUUGUCUACGUGACUCCUGAGGGAGAGAGAUAUGCUUACUCCAGACAAGUGAUCUUCUCUUUGUCUCGCAGAACGGCCAGCUGGCUACGUCAGCAAAACGUGUGUAAAAGUGACGUCGUCCUUUGCCUCGUUCCGACAUCGCCGGAACAGACGUUGAUCACCUUUGGAACGGAGUUGCUGGGCGCUACAAUCAUCUGUUCAUGCAUCCAGUACAAGGACGGUGCGGAUAUUGUCCCUUUGAUGAAGCUGGGUGACGUCACGGCCCUGGUGGUGGACGAGACAGACCAACAAGCCGUUUCCACCCUGGAGAAGCUCAUCCCCAACCUGUGUCCUGGACCGGUCACAAGUCCGGCCAUCCCGUCGUUGAAAACUGUUAUCUUCUGCAAGCGCUUCUCUGACGAGGACACGUUGACGUUCCUGGAAUCCGUCAUCAACGAGGAAGAAGCUGACCUUGUUGACCUCAGUGCUGAUGAAAUUACGAUAAUAUUUACUACUUCCGGUACUAGUGGGCAGACAAAGCUACUGCCCAUAUCUCACAGGUGUAUUUUGAAAUCAGGACUUUAUAUCUGCGAGGUAAAGGGCUGGGAGGAGGGCUCGCCUCCAAAAGAUGAAGAAAAAUUCGUGUUUAACUUGCUGAAAGAGGAAAGAGUGAUCCAGGCCUACGUUACCCCUGCUUUCCUUAAAGCCAUGCUAGCGCGAGCUGACCUCCUAGAACCAGACGACAGAUGGCGCGGACGUUCUAUAAUAACGGCAGGCAGUGUCGUCACCAAGGACAUGAUCGGAGCGUGGAAAACACUGGCCUCCGAACUCCGUGUUGUAUACGGAAGCACGGAAAUGGGCUCUGUUACAUGCAAGAUAUAUAGAGGAGAUGACGAGGUGGAAGAAGCAAACUGUGGUAAACCUGCAAAAGGACGAAGGGUUAAAGUUGUGGACGAGGCUCUGAGAGAAGUUCCUCCAAACACCAGAGGCGAACUUCUGAUCGACAGCACGGGCUGGUUCCCUGGAUACCUGAAGCAACCACAACUCACAGCACAAGCGACACCGGAAGAAGGCUGGUUCAGACCUGGAGACGUUGCUUACAUUAACGAACAUGGUGACGUCUUCGUUGAGGGAAGAUGUUCUGACGUCAUCAGUGUUGGUUACUUUUUGUUUUAUCCCCAGGCAAGAUCCAGCCCACAAGCACAACGUCUGCUGCCCGACAACCUCCUUCGUUAUUGUGCUGAGUAUUACCAAGAGGGAUUUCGCCAAGAACAUAAAGAACAAGAAUCCACCUGUCCAAAGUUUUGCCUGUUGUUCAACAAGUUUCCAGUAAAUGCUAACGGCAAGUUGCUGCGAAGAGAGUUGCGCCAUCUGGCCUUGGAGAGACUUGGAAUAAACAAAGACAGCUAG